CAGUUUUUCCUGGUCUGAUCUGUCACAUGACGGAGAACGCCUGGCUCCGGAUGGCCAGAAACACCUUUGCCCAACAUUUACCAAUGGUAGUGUUAUAACUCUAAUAUGGCAGGCUGAACUCAAAAGAAACCAUGUCGCGCCAAGAUCCUGGUAUGUCAGUGUUCACCUUUCAGUCUGCAGUGCACAGCGCCCAUGUUCUCCAGUGUCUGAAUGACCAGAGGCAACGGGACUUCCUGUGCGAUGUAACGGUGGUGGUGGAAAACAGAGGUUUUCGGGCCCAUUGCUCUGUCUUGGCUUCCUGCAGUGAAUACUUUCACAGCAGGGUUAGCAAUGGUACCAGACAGAAUCCCAUCAUCACCUUGCCUGAUGAGGUGACUGUUGAGGGUUUUGAACCUUUGCUUCAGUUUGCCUACACAUCAACACUGCCCUUCACCAAAGAAAACAUUCACGCCAUUCACAGUAGUGCUGAGUUUUUAGGAUUUCACAACUUGGAGUCAGCAUGCUUUGAUUUCCUUAUCCCAAAGUUUUCUGAAGGCAAAAGAACCUCACAGGAGGUCAGGCGUAGAGCCUGUUGUCUAAGUCGAGAUCCCAGUGCCAGUGUUGGCCCCAGCGUAGAGAGCAGCCAACCAAAAUCAUUUGAGUCACACAGCUCAGUGCCUUCAAGUGGUGAUGAACAAACAGAUUUCCCAUCACAGUGUCCUCAGAGUGCACAGGGUCAGGCGAACAGCGGGGAGGAACACUUCUGUUUGGAGAACUGUGGGCCACAAAUGGCCCCCUUAUCUCUGGAGUUAACAGCAAAUGGCGUGUGCCCCAUGUUGUCUUUGCCAUGCCCAGACUCCAGCAAAGCAGAUCAUCCCUCUCAGUUCAGCGAAAGAGACAUUUUAGACAUAGGAGAUGUGUGUAAUCAAAGUGAGUUGAGUUUGGCAGACUGUGGCUUACCCUGUGAGCUGUCAACCCCAGGGGAUGUGAAUCCGCCAGAACUCAUUGAGCCAGCAGGCAGAGAUGUUAAGCAGACUGUUGAGACGCUUGGUGCUGAAACUGACUGCAAUCCCAAUUCAUGUCCACUCAACACAUCAGGGACGGAAGACUGCAGUGACUUAUUAGAGCAGAAUGAGGCUGGCCUUGAACAGAAAAUGGAAGGUGAUCUCUCAGACCCUACACUAACUGCUCUAAGCCACGAAGAGGGAAUUGGGGAGAGAAGCAGUGUGGAGAGGGAGGUGGCUGAACAUCUGGCUAAGGGAUUUUGGCCUGACCUAUGCCCAUCUCAGGCUCAGCCACUCCCAUUGGAACACAUGGACCAAAACAAUCUGGCAAAAGCAUCUGACUUUCACUGGCUUAAGCAGCUCGACCUGAGCUCCAGUGUAGGAGACUGUCCCUUCCUGAGGGAUUUUGGGACAGGUGAUGACCCAGCCACACGCACUGACACCCUGUCCCAGUCGGAGAAGAGCCCCUACAUGUCCUCCUCGCUCAACUCUGGGGACGACUCAGAUUUGGACACAGAUGAAGAUGCCGAGGCCAACAGCAAAAGAGCAGCAGAGAUUCAGCUCCCAUUCCCAGUGGAGCAGAUCUCAGCGCUGAGCCGGAGUGCCUUCCAGCAGCUUCUUAGACACCAUCCUCUGACUCAAGACCAGCUGGAGUUUGUCCAUGACGUGCGUCGACGAAGCAAAAACCGCGUGGCUGCACAGCGCUGUCGAAAGAGAAAACUAGACAGCAUACAAGAACUAGAAUGUGAAAUCAAAAAAUUAAAAACUCAGAAAGAGCAGCUGCUGCAGGAGCGAACUGAGCUCGUGCAAAACCUGGAGGAGACGAGGCAGAGCCUGUGUGGGUUAUAUAAGGGUGUCAGCAUUGACUCUGGCUCUGAUCAGGACCACUUGCAGCUUCUUGCCAAAGUCUCCUCGUCAGACUCCCCCAUGUCAUCCCCUAGCCUUUUGGGUAAAGAUGAGGAGUCCCAGAUCACUAUUGAAAUGGUAAGUUGUUCCUCAGAGUAUGACCCAAGCAAGCUGCCUGCAGGCUCAGUUCAGACGGCUGCACCAGCGGCUGGCACACAGACAGAGGAUGCAGGUUCUCCACAGAGCUGCCCUGUUCCUGCGCCUCAGCUCGAUGUCUGUCUGGACAUUAACAACAGCUUAUAAUUGGACUAAAUUUCCAUUUUAAUGUUCUAAUCUUACAGGACCAGGAAGCAGGGGUUGGACACUGAGUAUUUACUGUAAUCCCUUUUUUGGGAUAGAUAUGCUUUCCUGUGUAUGUAACUGACCGGUUUUCUGCCUGAUGUAGGUAUCUUAAAGUGACAUAGAGAAAUGUCAGAUAUCCUUUACUGUAUUUCUAAUAUGCAUUUCACCGUGGUAAAUACAAACUCCAGUAUUUAUCACUUAUCCAAAUGUUUCAAUUUCUAAAUUAGGAGGAUGCGUCUUAAAAUUGAGUUUGUUUUUCUCAGGGAAACUCAUAACCUGACUGUGUUUUGAUAACUAAAAGAAUUCUUGCUGCAUACCCACCCCUGGCACACAUGGUUAUGAAAUCAAGAUGUUUCUUUAAUUAAUCUAUCAUUAUAUUCUUAGCACAUUCUGUAUUAUUAUACCACUAGACUGUUUCCUGGAAUAUUAUGCACAGCACUAACAUAACUUUUUUUUACUGUAGAUUACGAAGAAUUGUUACAGCUAACAUUAAUUCUAAACAGCAUUAUCUGAAUGCCAGUGCAUAGUUUGAAUCAAUAACUGUUAGCUUUCCCCAAAUAUUUGAGGAAUAGCUCCGGUGUGUCUGAAAGUAUUACAAGGGAACAUAAGAAUUGUAUUUGAUGCAAAAUGUGCCUUAUGCAGUAGUGUAGUAUCAGUACAGAAAGGUAAAGGCAAUCUUUGUAUAUUCUUGUCUCAAGCACUGUUGCACAUUAACCCAAUACCCAUAUUGAUGGCAUUCUCUUACGUAAAGAUCAUGUCUUCAUUUUCAGUAUUUUUUAUUAAAUGCUUUCAUGUAUUAUAGAUUUAAAUAAACAACACUUUGUUACCA